AUGUUCGACACGGUCUGUACCCUGCCCCUGUCGGCAGACCUAUUCUCCCAGGCUGUGCACCCCGAAGAGCCCGUCGUCUCUGUGGGUCUCUCUUCCGGCCAUGUGCAAACCUUCCGGCUGCCGUCGGACGAAGGUGACAGCGACAGCGACGGAGCCUCGACGUCCUCGUCGCGCAAUGGCCGCGGACAUAUUGAUACGAUGUGGCGGACGAGACGGCACAAGGGCAGCUGUCGGUGUUUGACGUUCGGUGUGGAUGGACAAACGCUGUACUCGGCCGGCACGGACGGGUUUGUGAAAGCCGCAAAGGCGGAGACCGGGGUGGUGGAAAAUAAGAUCGCAAUUCCUAUGGAGAAAGAUGGAUCCGUUGAUGCCCCCACGAUCGUCCACGCUCUCUCCAACCAGACCCUCCUCCUAGCCACCGACUCGAGCGCCCUGCACCUCUACGACCUCCGCAUUCCGUACUCGAAAGUGUCCGCCCGGCCGCAGCAGAGCCACCACCCUCACGACGACUAUGUCUCCUCGCUCACACCCCUCCCGGCAUCGGACACCAGCACGUCAGGAUUCAGCAAGCAAUGGGUGUCGACGGGCGGCACGACACUGGCCGUAACGGAUCUCCGCCGCGGCGUCAUGGUGCGCAGCGAAGACCAGGGCGAGGAAUUGACCAGUUCGGCAUACAUGGGCGGACUGCCGUCGUCGGGGACCAGCCGCGGCGAGAAGGUGAUCGUCGGCGGCUCCAGCGGGGUGCUGACGCUCUGGGAAAAGGGCGCGUGGGACGACCAGGACGAGCGGAUCUAUGUGCAGCGGGCCGGCGACGGAGGCGAGGCGCUGGAGACCCUCACCGUCAUCCCCGACGAGCUGGGCAAGGGCAAGAUGGUGGCUGUCGGUAUGGGCAGCGGGAAGGUCAAGUUCGUCAGGAUCGGGCCCAAUAAGGUUGUGUCGGAGGUGAUGCACGACGAGACGGAGGGUGUGGUCGGUCUAGACUUCGAUGUCGAAGGUCGCAUGGUCACUGGCGGUGGACAGAUCGUCAAGGUGUGGCAUGAGGCUGCGGGAUCAGUGAACGGAGCUCUUCACGGCAAACACAUGAUGGGCGACAGCGAUGACAGCGACGAUGACGACGGUGUUGAUUCCGAUGAUAGCGAGCAACAGAGCCGCCCGGAUCAGUCGCGCCGGAAGCAGCGCAAGAAGAACAAGGCCGAUCGCAGAGGGGCUCCUGGUAUCAUGGCCUUCCACGAUAUGGACUAA